AUGCCCGCAACCCCGACCGACGAGCUCCGCUUCCUCCGCACCCUCACCCCGCCCCCUCCUACCUCCUCCACUUCCAACCCGGACUCGGACGACUACGAUCCCUACCGGUCGCCCUCGCCGGAGAACACGACGGGCGUGCAGUUCGACCCCCGGGAUCGCAUGUGGCGGUGUACGCGCUGCGGGUGGGAGGUGGAGACGAUUGAUGGGGUGCAGGGGUCCGAUUUGACGCGGGUCGAUGGUUGGUUCUCGACUUGUGAGUGGGAUGUGGGCAUGUGGAGUGAUCAGGGGGGCGAGGAUGGAAGCUUUGAUGGGAAUGAGGGGAGGAGUGAGGAUGAGUUUAUUUUCUUGGGGGAGGUGGGGGAGAUGGUGGUGGGGGGCAGUGGUGGAGAGGAUGACGAAGAGCGGGAGGAUGUUGUUCAUGAUGAUGAUGACGAUGAUGGUGAUGAUAUGGGUUGGAUUGUUGAGAAUGAGGAUGUAGAGGAUGAGGUGUGGGAGGGGGAUGAUGAUACUCGGAUGGAGGACGAAGGGCCUCGUGAGCCUGGGCUUGGUGCUCUGUAUCAGCGAGAUGCGAUGGAGGGUGGGGAGUAA